AUGCCAACGCCUCCAAACCGGUUGCGCAUCUUUUCUGGCACCUCCAACCCGGCUCUGGCACAGGAAGUUGCGUGCUAUUUGGGGCUGGACCUGAGCAGCAUUAAGAUCAAGCGCUUUGCCGAUGGAGAGAUUUACGUCCAGGUCCAGGAGUCGAUUCGCGGCUGCGACGUGUUCCUGGUGCAGCCCAGCUGCCCGCCGGUGAACGACCACCUGAUGGAGCUGCUGGUCACCAUCGACGCGUGCAAGCGCGCCAGCGCUCGAUCCAUCACAGCCGUCGUGCCCUACUUUGGCUACGCGCGCGCCGACCGCAAAACGCACGGACGCGAGUCCAUUGCCGCCAAGCUCACCGCCAACCUCCUCACCGAGGCCGGGGCCGACCGCGUGCUGGCAAUGGACCUGCACUCGGGGCAGUGCGUGGGCUACUUUGACAUCCCAGUCGACCAUGUCUAUGGGGACUCAGUCCUCCUCGACUACCUCGCUUCCAAGCGCAUCAGCACUGGAGACCUGGUGGUGGUGUCGCCGGAUGUGGGUGGCGUGGCGAGGGCGCGCGCGUUCGCGAAGAAGCUGAACGACGCGCCGCUGGCGAUUGUGGAUAAGCGGCGGAGCGCGCACAAUGUGAGCGAGGUCAUGAACCUGAUUGGCGACGUGAAGGACAAGGUGGCCGUCCUCGUGGACGACAUGAUCGACACCGCCGGGACGAUAACAAAUGCGGCAAAGGUGCUGCAUGCAGAGGGGGCCAGGGAGGUGUAUGCAUGCGCCACGCAUGCGGUGUUCUCACCGCCAGCUGUCGAGCGCCUCAGUUCAGGGGUGUUCCAGGAAGUGAUUGUCACAAACACCAUUCCAGUGCCCCAAGAGAAAUCCUUCCCUGAGCUCACUGUGCUUUCGGUGGCCAACUUGUUAGGGGAGACCAUCUGGCGCGUGUACAACUCUUCUUCAGUGCAGUCGUUGUUUUGA